UAAUUAAAAAAAAAAUCUUAUAAUUUAAAUAUGAUCAUAAGUGUCAACAUGGUGACUGACACCAAUAGGUGUCGGAAAUCAAGACACACCUAAUCCAAAGAUAGCUGAUAACAUAAUAGCACCGUCAUUUAUAUAAAAAGGUCCCAUUCAUUACAACAUUACUCUUCACAACAAACUUCAUUAUUAGUAUAAACUACACCAUUUUCUCUCUUUCACUCAUCACACAAAACACAAAAACAAAACACACAAUGGAGUAUGGAAGGUUAGGACUAUCCGAACCUGGAGGCUCGUCUCCCUCCCCCUCCGAACCUAUAAUCAUUUCCAGACCUAGAUCUUCCAAGAAGAAAAUCGUUUUUCUUUCACUACUUGCUGUGUUACUGAUCGUUGUCUCCGCCGUCUCCGCCGCAAUGCUCACCGGAAUCCAUUACCGAACAUCCUCACCAAAAAAUCCAACUCUAAAGCAUAAUCCAACACAAGCAAUUUCAAAAACAUGUAGCAAAACUCGUUUUCCAUCACUCUGUGAAAACUAUCUUCUCGAUUUUCUUGGAUCGGAUAUUGCAUCGGAAAAAGACCUGAUCCACAUUUCACUCAACAUGACACUACAACACAUUUCAAAAGCACUUUAUUCCUCCGCCGCUAUCUCCUCCACCGUCGGCAUGAAUCCUCGCAUCCGCGCCGCUUAUAUAGAUUGUCUUGAACUUCUAGACGAUUCCGUCGACGCUCUUUCUCGUUCACUUACUUCCGUCGUACCUUCAACUUCCUCCGGAGCAGUUAAGCCUCUUACAGCUUCCUCAACAGACGACGUUCUCACGUGGCUUAGCGCCGCGCUAACUAAUCAAGACACGUGUGCUGACGGUUUUUCCGACGUUUCCGGAGCGGUGAAAGAUCAGAUGGCGAGUAAUAUAAAGGAUUUAUCAGAGCUUGUGAGUAAUUGUUUAGCUAUUUUCUCUGCUUCCGGUGCCGGAGAUGAUUUCUCCGGUGUUCCGAUAGGGAAUAGAAGACGGUUAAUGACAAUGCCGGAUGAAGAUGAGUUUCCGGUGUGGUUGAAAAAGCGUGAGAGGAGGUUGUUGAGUUUACCGGUGACGGCGAUACAAGCGGAUGUGGUUGUUUCUAAAGACGGUAACGGAACGGUGAAAACUAUAGAGGAGGCUCUUAAGAAGAUACCUGAAUAUGGUAACCGACGCUUCAUUAUCUAUAUUAGACAAGGAAGGUACGAAGAGGACAAUUUAAAGAUAGGAAGGAAGAAAACUAAUGUCAUGAUCAUAGGAGACGGAAAGGGAAAGACAGUGAUCACAGGUGGCAAAAAUGUUUUGCAAAACUUGACCACAUUUCACACAGCUUCCUUUGCUGCUAGUGGUCCAGGUUUCAUUGCAAGAGAUGUAACAUUUGAGAACUAUGCCGGUCCGGCGAAACACCAAGCGGUCGCUCUCCGUGUCGGAUCAGACCAUGCAGUUGUGUACCGUUGCAACAUCAUAGGAUACCAAGACACAAUGUAUGCACACUCAAACCGUCAAUUCUACCGCGAAUGUGACAUAUAUGGUACCGUAGACUUCAUAUUUGGCAAUGCUGCGGUGGUUUUUCAAAAUUGUAGCCUCUAUGCACGAAAGCCCAUGCCCCAACAAAAAAACACCAUCACGGCUCAAAACCGAAAAGACCCAAAUCAAAACACAGGUAUAUCCAUUCACAACUGUCGGAUCCUUGCCACAUCAGAUCUACAAGCAUCCAAGGGUAGCUAUCAAACCUAUCUGGGCCGUCCGUGGAAAUUAUACUCUAGAACGGUAUACAUGCUAUCAUACAUGGGAGAUCAUUUGCAUCCACGUGGAUGGCUAGAGUGGAAUACAACUUUUGCUCUAGACACUUUGUAUUAUGGUGAGUACAUGAAUUAUGGGCCAGGUGGAGCUAUUGGACAAAGAGUCCACUGGCCCGGAUAUCGGGUUAUUACAUCCACCGUGGAAGCGAAUAGAUUCACAGUGGCUCAAUUCAUAUCAGGAUCGACUUGGAUACCGUCUACCGGGGUUGCAUUCGUAGCUGGCUUAUCCACCUGAAGUCUAUUCUGCUGCAAGUAUAGAUACAUGGACCAUUCAAUCCUUAAUAUUAGUACUAUUUAAUUGUUAAAAAAAGUGCUAAUUUGAUUCGAUUUGCCCUGUAAUUUUAUAGUACAUAGUUUAUUUGGCAAUUGUACCAAACUACAUAUAUAGUAUUUUUCAGGCAUGAUGCUUAUUUUCCACAA